UUCAAUUCCGAGUAGCAGACGAACUGAAAAUAAUCUGUGAUAUUUUUUAAGAAACAAAAAAACGAGAAAAUUAUUUUAUAAUGUCGGAAUCCAAACCGGUUCUCGCCUACUGGAAUUUUCGAGGGGUUGUGGCACCGACUCGAAUGUUGCUUGCGUACCUGGGCGUUGAUCACGACGAAAUUCGCUACCCAGCCAAUCUCGCCGGGGUUAAGGAAUGGCAUAAAAUCAGGGACAAGAUGGGGCUCGAUUUCCCAAACCUUCCAUACUGGAAAGAGAACAGUGAGGACAGUGAGGACAAAGGACUCACGGAAUCUCGAGCGAUUAUCAAGCACAUUGCUCGAACUCGAGGGAACGGCGUGCUCAUGCCGACCUCGUUGGACGACCUCGUCACCGCCGAAUGUGUCGAAGGCGUCGUUUACGAUACCGGUUACGGCCUUGUGAAGCGUUGCUUGUAUGAUGCGGACCCGUUUAAAGAGGACCUUAAAGCCGCACCGGUGAAGUUUGACCAGUUGGAAAAAUUUUUGGGGACGAAAAGAUGGAUUUUGGGGGAUCAACUUUUCUACGUGGAUUUUCUCCUGUACGAAGUUCUCUAUCAGUUCGAGGCGUACGAUCCGGAUUAUUUUAAGGCGUAUCCGUCCCUCUCGAAAUUUAAGGGGAGGUUAGAGGCACUCCCGGAAAUUAGGAAAUAUAUGGAAUCACCGAGCUAUGUUUCUGGACCGUGCGUUCACCCGUUUUUUGCUCGGUUGAAGAUUUGAAAUUGAAUGGAAAUUGUGAAUUGAAAUGAGAGUUAAUUAAUAAAGAGUUAUAAUUAUCAGAGGGCG